GAACCGGGCAUAUUCGCCUUGCGUGUGCCAUUUCUAUCGAGGAAUAUCCCCAAAAUCGCAGAGAGCUUCCUUCAUUCGAUCUCCUCUGUCCAUUCUCGUGGCCUUCUUCCUUUCGAAAGCAGAGCAAGUCUCGCGUGUGCAAUUAGCUCAGCUCCUCUAUCUCUAUUUGGGUGAAUCAAUCAUGGCGGCUACCAAUGUCUUGCUGCGAGAUGAGAGCCUUCUUAUGUCUCCGUCCCCUCUUGAUCCCCGCAGAGGAGAUGCUUCUGCUUCUCGUGGCCUCUCGCUUGAGAAGAAAAUUGAAGCCCUUGAGAGCCUCACGGGACAAGUUAGUAACAGGCGAUCAAGGAGAUGGUUAAAUGAUCGUAUUCUGAUGGAGCUUGUUCCUCGUUUAGAUGCUCAAGAAAUCAGAGGCUUGUUUGCCCCACCUCCAUGGGGUGAUGAUGUUCCUCCCUCUGCCUUUUCCUUGACUAAUGUUGGGGAAUGGGACAAGUUCAGAAACAUUGACAUGGACAAGGAGGCCAAUAUCAUGGACUCCUUGAACCAGUCAUCCGUAAGGCAGAAAGGUCAUGUGGAUGCUGAUAAAACUGCUGUUUUAACCGCUUGGCGAAGAAUAGACUGUAGAACAAGAGAGGCUCUACGACGCAGCUUUUUACCUGACCUCAUCGAGGGAUACGAGAACUGUAUAAGUCAUUUCAUUGAGGAAGGCGGUGAGGGAGACGUUCUUGAGCUCAAGGUUCAAGACCCAUUCCAUAGAUUGCUUCUGCACGGUGUUUGUGAGUACCACAACUUGGUGUCUACAACUGAAACAGAACAAAUAGGAAAGAAAGCAAUGAAGACAACGAAGAUCAAAUGGAAGAACAGUGACGAGAAACUGAGCAUCAGCCUUGCCCAUUUCCUUAGGAUGUCAAAGGAAGGAGCUUGGUAACACAUACACACACUCCUUCUCCCUGUAGCUGUAAUCUUAUAUGAAUAAGAAAAAGCUGCAUUGGAGCUCCUCCGCUCUAUAUGCAGCAUAAAGAUCACUUUGUUUCUCCCUCUUAUGUGGUCUUGUGACCUUUGUAUUGUAUUCUCAUUACGUACGCUCAAAUGAUAGAUUAAGCAGACAACCUGUUCUACAGAAACAAAGAUUCGAUUUUUCCUUUCAUAGCAAUAUUAUACAAUGUACUUUAUUUCA